AUGACGGAGUAUCACACGAUAUACAAAGGGCCGGAGGGGGAGACCACACAGUGGGAUGACAUCCAGAGGAAGCUGGGCAAUCGCCCAGAAAAGGACCCGGUCUGGAAGCCCCAGGCCUACACCCCCGAAGCAGAGCCGACCCGUGGCACCGAGCGCCUGGACGGGGAGGACGCGGAGGGGCUGGAGGAGGCGGAGGACGAGUUCAGCGAUGACCGCUUCCUGGAGCAGUACCGGCAGCGCAGGAUCCAGGAGCUGCAGGCCAGCGUCUCUCGGCCGCGCUUCGGCAGCCUGGAGGAGAUCCGCCGCGACGACUUUGUUGCGCAGGUCACCAACGCCGGGGAGGGUGUCUGGGUGGUCUGCCACCUGUACAGCGACAGCACGAGGGCGUGCGGCAUCAUGAACCAGUGCCUGAUGGAGCUGGCGCCGCGCUACCCCGCAACCAAGUUCCUGCGCAUCGUGGCGUCAAACUGCAUCCCGGGGUACCCCGACGCCAACACCCCCACGCUGCUGCUGUACCGGGGGGGCAAGUGCGAGCAGACCCUGGUGGGGCUGGAGCGCUUUGGCGGUCAGGCCACCAGCCCGGACCUGAUUGCCAUCUCACUGAACCGGUUUGGGGCGGUGUGCGGCGACCCCGACGACGCCGCGGUGGCGGCGGAGCAGCUCGCGGGGGUGGUGGCGGCCGCCGCCGCUCGAGGGGCCAGCCACCACCCCGGCGACGCUGCCGGCAAUGAUGCGGGCUCGGGCAUCCUGUCCGUGGACGAACUAGAUCGGAUUGCGAGGCACAGGUGCCACAUGAAGGUGUUUGUCGAGGUGGUAGAGUAUUGGGGCCUCAGCAUCCGUUUGACAUCGCUUGGGCCCGCCUACCGAAUAGCAUGCCGCGAUGAGGGUGGUGCCAUCCUGGGAGUCACCCAGGGUUUCAAGGUGCCCCUCUUCCCGAUUCUGCAUGCGGACACCAUGCAAGUCCAGCGUCCCCGCCGCAUGGGAGCAGGUGGAAAACCAGCCGGCGGGCCGGCACCCAGGUUCAAGCGGCAAGGCCUGCACGGCCUGGGGCUGCUCCUGUUUGUGGCCACGCUCGCCCACGCCGCUGCCUGCGGCUGCCAGCGCAUCGAGAUGCUGGCCAUCAACGACGCAGAGGACACGCAUGCUCGCCUGGUGCGGUACUACCGGCGCCUGGGCUUCGUGGCGCGCAGGGACGUCAGCGGCGAGCGGCUGUCGGAUGUGCCGCACCUGCUCGUCUGGGGCGGGCGGGGGCUGCGCAUGGACGGCGACGUGGCGGCCCUCACGCGGCGGUGGGCCCCAGUGGUGAGGGCCGGGGCCCAGUCCGAAGCGUGA